CGUAAAAAAGGAGUCUUCGAUGACAUUGUGAUUCUUUUUGUUGAGAUCUGAGAUCGUUACUCAUCAUCUACCGUAAUACGUACUCGUUUGCUUCGGGCUCAGCAAAGCAACAAGGAGUAAUGGCCUCGGAAGCGUUAUCAAACCACAAUCCAACGGCGCUUUUGAGAGAAGAAGUGAACGAAGACGGAUCAGCAAAAAAGACGAUUGCUGCUACACCAACCGAUGCUGCCGCAACUCUAGUGUCAUUGUCGAAUCCGGAUAACGACAACGCAGCUGUGCCCCCUAUCAAUUGUGCCGCUCGAGACCAAUCUGUGACGAAAAACCUUCUCUCUGGUUCUAUAGCUCAACCCUCGCCUGAAUCUACUGCCCAAACUUCGCCGUCUGGGCAAAAGCAGGACCCUCCAAAUCAUUUAACGUCGGAAGAUCCAAAUAAAAACAAUCUGGAUGCAACGGAAAAUGAAAAAGAUGUUGCCUGCGUCGAUGCGCCUGGUGCAAUUUCAGACCCAAACGAUACCUCUGCAGAAAACUCUCAGCAACAUCAAAGCCAACCACCGAGUUCGAAGCCAAUAUCUGACAUAGAAAAAAAUCAGUCGGACUCGUUCGUAAAUCAAAACGCAGUUUGUAAAGAUCCAGGCUUAAGCAUGCAGAAUCUUCCAUCUCCGCUCAUUGAAGUUCCUCCGUCAAGCUCACAAGCGAUAGAUGUACAUGGAAAUGGAGUUAAUCCAUCGGGAUCUCGGGUAUCGGUCGUUGACGGCGUUACACCUGGUGCCGUUCCAGUGUCGAAUAAUGUCGGAGAUUCUGCUUCCCUUCGAGGUCCGUCACUAAAAGUUCUUAGUGGGGAAAAUCAGUCGGAAUCUGAGAUUGCAGCAGCAAGAACAUCCUUGCUUCUGGAAGAAAGAGGGAACAAGAUAGAUAAGGACAACCCGGACGCAGGAAAAACAAGCAAAACCCAAAGGUCAAAACUAAGUCCCGAGGAAUUGACCGCAAAAAUAGCUCGAUAUCUCAGGAAACACGCUAAACAGUUGGUUCGCAAUGUCGACUUCUUUCGUGAAAAUACCGCCGAUAUGGCCAAGCUCCGUACCUACCCCUAUUCGGAAGUUCCCAGCUAUUACGGUAAAAAAGAAGAGGGGAAGGAUGAAAAAACGUCGCUCUUCGAACAGAGGAAACGCCUUGCCAGGGACACACAACAUUUCCCUCUUCUCAAGGGAAAAGGAAAACUCCAAUUUCCGAUGGCUCUCUUGUGUGAAACGGAUAGCGAUGACCCACAUCAUCCAUUGCUGCUAGCCUUCGUCAAUUACUGGAGGCAAUUGAAGUCCGAAAAGCAGCAUAAUCUAAAGAAAGCUCUGUUUGGUCAUUACCUGCACGCAAACACUUCUAACGAACGCUUUCGGUAUGUGCAAAGCAAGAAGGCUGAGGCCGAUUCGAAAUCCUCGCCGGGCGAUACGAACAAGAAAGAGGAAAAAGGAGGUUUCAGGGCACCACCAAGAAGCACCCAUUGGGGCUUUCGAAGCUUGGAAACCUGCACACAGCUUGCGGAUGCCCUCGGAUUUCGCGAAAGUUGCGAGAGCGAGGCGACCGGACUUAAGAUGGCCUGUGAUUGGUUGCGAACGGCAAAUCUCGAGGCCCCUCUUGUCAAAUGCAAGCGAGAUGAUUGCAUCUAUCCCGCACUUGCCAGGAACUCUGGAUCUUGCUGCCGUCAUGGGUUCUACUUUGCUCCCCAGAAAAUGUAUGGGAGCAAAUUCAAACGACGGGGAUAUUUGUUGAUGGGGGAUAUUUACACAAGACCGUAUGUGACGACAACUAAUUCGAAUGGUGCGAAAAGCGACGCACGGAAAUCAAAGCAACAGGAAUCCCCGGAUCUUUUUACGAUAAGAAGAUUGGAACCGUGUUCGUGUGGAAACGAAACCUGUGUUGGGCUUGGCUACUCCCCAACAAUGGUCCGAGUCGAUGCCAACAAGCUUCCAAAAGAGCUGCAGCAAGAGAUCUGGAGCAACAACGACACUCUCGACAUCGAAAUCAGCAAAAAGAAAAACUCCGAAUCUGUCUUGCGAUUGGCCCCGUGGCACUUUCAUCCGGAGCACCGCGUGGCGCUUCCAGACGGUUCCUGGAGGGUGGUGGACUUUCGCUCCUCUUCCGUCUUCAGGGACCCUCUAACGUCUAAAGAAUKGAAGGGAGUGCCGCCUCCGACAUACUCCCCCGAAGCGUUUUUGCAAGAGGCCACUGUGAAGGAAUACGUGGCCCGCAAAAACGACGUCGCGAAAACCACCGAUAUGCUUCCCGCCUGGUGUCUGGAGUACACAAAGCUCGAAGAGGGUCCAUAUACUAUUUUCGAGAAACAACGCGACUAUCUCUUGGCGAGAACCCUCGAGAUGGAAAAGGAAAUGACCCGCCAGGCCGAAUCCUUCUGGACGAAGCAAUGGGCACAGGAAGCAGACACCGAUCGCCUACAGGCAAAGUACGAUGAAAAGAAAUUCUUGAAGCGAAAACGACCGAGGCCAUCGUCAUCUACCAACAACAAUAGUAACAACAACAGGAACGGAAAAGAAAGUUGUAGCAGCUCGCGGAAAAGCCGCCAGAAACUGCUUGAUGUGGUGGCGGUCAACAGCACCCUGGGCCAUCACUUGGUCGACGAAGGCAAUGCCGAUUCUGGUUCCAUAUUUCUCGACACAAACCGGCACCCACAAGACCUCAGCGAUAACCGCAGGCUACUGCCUUUGCAUUAUGGGACCACCACCAACAACAAUGGCCAUUCACAACAACAUCAGCAGCGCCAUACCUUUUCAUUUGCGCCGUCGUUCGAUCAACAUUCGCUUCAGCAUCUGCACAAUCCCCACAUCCAACAACCCAACAACAAUCAGCUUCGGCACCAUCCACAACAGUAUCCACACCAUCAGCGCCAGCAACAGCAGCAACAACAACAGCAACAGCAACAACAACAGCAACAACAACCACAGCAGCAGCAGCAACAACAACAACAGCAGCAGCAGCAGCAGCAACAACAACAACAACAACAACAACAUCCAGAUGGCUCGUACAAUAUUCAUCAUCCAACCUAUCACCAGAUGUGAGUUGAGAAGAGGAGCUCGACGACGAGUAGACGGCAAUAGUAGCAACAUAAUAUGUAACCAAAUAGUCCUACCAUCAGUGAUGACUUGGCACCGUAGCGUCCUUAAAAGGCGAUAUACAAUGGACGGACGAAGUGUCGUGCCGGUUGUUAUAAUAAGAGAUUGCGUGUUUU